AUGAACUUAAUUUUUCUUUUCUCUUCUUAUGCCGGUGUUAUCGCAACUACGGCUCCGCCAAUCAAUGUAUACGUCACUUCCCUUUUCUUCAACAUUGUCGGCGUUUUCUAUCGUGGGUGUUGGAUAAGUGGACAAAAGAUGAAAACUGCGCAAGCAUGGCGUUUACGCCUGUCGCCAGAGAAGCAGGACACUCUGCUAAAAAUGAUGAUCCUCACAAUAGCAGCUGUUCUGUCUUUCUCCACACGUCUCUUCUCUGUGUUGAGAUUUGAGAGUGUGAUUCACGAGUUUGAUCCUUAUUUCAACUUUCGAACCACUAAGUAUCUUGCUGAAGAAGGAUUCUACAGCUUCCACAAUUGGUUUGAUGAUCGGGCCUGGUAUCCACUUGGCCGUAUCAUUGGAGGAACCAUUUACCCAGGUCUUAUGGUAACAUCUGCAGUGAUCUACAAUGUUCUGCAUAUGAUUCAUAUCACCAUUGACAUUCGUAAUGUGUGUGUCUUUUUGGCACCUCUCUUCUCCAGCCUCACCACCCUUAUCACAUAUCAACUGACCAAAGAACUUAAGGAUGCUGGUGCCGGUUUGAUCGCUGCUUCUCUCAUCUCCAUUGUUCCUGGUUAUAUCUCCAGAUCAGUUGCUGGAUCAUAUGAUAACGAAGGGAUUGCCAUUUUUUGCAUGUUACUUACAUACACCAUGUGGAUUAAAGCUGUCAAGACUGGCUCCCUCUUCUGGAGUGCUCUCUGUGCUCUUGCUUACUUUUACAUGGUCUCUUCAUGGGGAGGUUAUGUGUUUCUUAUCAACUUGAUCCCUCUUCAUGUCCUUGCUCUGAUGUUAACUGGACGUUUUUCCCAUCGCAUCUACGUGGCAUAUUCUACAGUGUACUGUCUGGGUACUGUUCUCUCUAUGCAAAUUUCAUUUGUUGGCUUCCAACCUGUGCAAUCCAGUGAGCAUAUGGCUGCUCUUGGUGUGUUUGGCUUAUGUCAAAUUCAUGCAUUUAUUGACUAUGUACGUUCUAAGUUGAACAAGGAACAAUUCCAGUUGCUGUUCCGUACAAUGGUGAUGUUGGCCGGGGGUGCAGUCACUGCUGUUGGUGCUAUUCUCACUGCUACAGGAAAAAUCUCUCCCUGGACGGGUCGUUUCUAUGCCCUUUUGGAUCCUUCUUAUGCCAAAAAUAACAUACCCAUUAUUGCUUCUGUCUCUGAACAUCAACCUACAACUUGGAGCUCUUUCUACUUUGAUCUUCAAAUGUUGGUCUUUUUGUUUCCAACUGGUCUAUACUUCUGUUUUACUCGACUUACUGAUGCUAAUAUCUUCAUCAUUAUGUAUGGUGUGACAAGCAUCUACUUUGCAGGUGUGAUGGUGCGUUUGAUGUUGGUACUUGCCCCUGUCAUGUGCAUCCUCUCAGGAAUUGGACUCUCUUCAACACUUUCAACUUACAUGAAAAAUUUAGAUGCAUCACGAAAAGAGAAGAAAUUGAAAAGACCAGAUUCAUCAUAUCCUCUCAGAAAUGAAAUUGCGUCUGGUGUUGUAUUAAUGAUCACAACUUUUCUCGUAAUGUAUACGUUCCACUGCACUUGGGUUACGUCUGAGGCUUAUUCAAGUCCUUCUAUUGUUUUAUCAGCAAGAGCAGGAGAUGGAGGCAGGAUUAUAUUUGAUGAUUUCAGAGAAGCUUACUAUUGGUUGCGACAUAAUACACCCGAAAAUGCCAAAGUGAUGUCAUGGUGGGAUUACGGUUAUCAAAUUACAGCAAUGGCAAAUCGGACAAUAUUAGUGGAUAAUAAUACCUGGAAUAAUACACACAUAUCAAGGGUUGGUCAGGCAAUGGCAUCAUCAGAAGACAAAGCGUAUGAAAUUAUGCGAGAGCUUGAUGUUAAUUAUGUUCUUGUUAUAUUUGGAGGCCUGACAGGCUAUUCAUCAGAUGAUAUCAACAAAUUCUUGUGGAUGGUGAGGAUUGGUGGCAGCACGGAGAAAGGUACCCACAUUAAAGAGGCUGAUUAUUACACUCCCCAGGGUGAGUUCCGUAUUGACAAAGAAGGUUCUCCCGUCCUUCUUAACUGCCUUAUGUACAAGAUGUGCUAUUACCAAUUUGGAUCUGUAUACACCGAGUCUGGAAAGCCCACUGGCUACGACAGAGUCCGCAAUGCAGAAAUUGGCAACAAAGAUUUUGAAUUGGAUGUUUUGGAAGAGGCCUACACAACAGAGCACUGGUUGGUGCGUAUCUACAAAGUGAAAGACCUUGACAACCGUGGCGCGUAA